AUGAGGGAUAAUUCUAAGCAUCUAGUAGAUUCUGCUUUCGGGCAAAGCAGGGCCUUUUCACUUAAUGAUAAACUCGUUAACCCUGAAGCUGUACGAUAUCUGAGUAAUGUGCGCCAAGAAGCCUUGAGAACGAACGUUUCAAAGAAAAAGCAAUAUACUAAGUACAAAGCAUCGUUGUAUGAUGACGAGGAGGAAGAGACAAGUAAAGUGGUAGUCUUGAACAACAAUCCUCCUCCUAGUGAGGUCUUCGCGGAUUUCAGGCUUCGUAUGGACAAAUGGCUGGAGUGGUUCAUUGAUACGAAGCAAAUCGUUAAUGAAAAUAGUGACGUAUUUCAGGGUUAUGAUGGCACAACGAUGGAUCUUCUCUUGCUUUAUCUUCGAAGGUAUCUUUCUGGUCUUCCUGAACAAAAAGGUAUAGUCCUGCAUCUCCUCUCUAUCUUAAAGGAAGCUCCAAAUAUAAAGGAAGAUAGCUCUCUCGAGAUAGACGAACAAUGGGCUAUCAGCACUGUCAAAAAACUGAAGAAUAAGAAAAUUAAAAGUAUUGAUGACAUCAAGAUAAAUAUUCAGGAGUUAAACCGAGAAAUUCCAGUUGGAUUUAAACAGUGGUAUCAAUAUUUGCAAGAACACGAGCCAACUCAUACGGCUUUCACAUCUACAAUAAAUGCACGUAACAUAUGGAUCCUUGUCCAGUAUAUGAAUCAAGAAUGGCUCAAGGAUAUGAUGAAGUGCAAAAGACCUCCGCAAUCAAUUCGGCUAAGCAAUUGGCUUUUGUACAUUUUAUAUCACUUACCAGUCAAUCUCACAGCAGAGUCCGUUAGCAGUAUUCGAGAACUUGGUAAGAAGUGCCGUAAAGUAAUAGAGGAGGAUGCUGUCAAGGCGGCGUCUGAAGAAGCAAAGAUCAAGAUUCCAGCACUUCAAAUUAAUUUGCCUUCUGAAAUGGCAAAUUUAGGAAUUAGUUCUGCUCCUUGUGAUCUUAAUAUUGUUGGAUUGACACUUGCUGUAAUAGCAAGCAUUUAUCGCCAAAGAGAUCUAGUAGAUUGGGUGUGA